AACUAGCCAAUUAUGACUUUACUGCUCAAAGAAAAUGCAAAGUGCCAAAAUAGGAAAGGAAAUGAUUGGUUGGCUGGCUAACUCUUCUUCUAAGUUCUACCCUAAAGUUCUAAGCACGUACUGUGUUCUGUUCUAUUCAAUCUUCAACAAUCGGAUCGCAUUACAUCUUUGAUCAGAAAACAGGACUCUUUCAGGAUAUACGCCAUGAAAGCAAAUGCAUAGAUGAUGAAGAUGAUUUCUGCUUAUAAAUUCCUGCUCUGGUUAAUCUCGUCCACCACCUGUUUGAUAAUAGUCCUCUCACAAUAUGAUCCAGUUGAUAACUAUCUUAUAGACUGUGGAUCUUCCCAAAAUGUCUCCUUUGUAAAUCGGGUUUUCGUGGGUGAUAAUUUCUACCCUCAUGUUCUUCUUUCAACACCAUUUCAUAUAACCCUUAAAACCAAGAACAGUAAUGAUUCAAUUCUCUUCCAAACUGUAAGGAUUUUCAAUCAAACAACAAGUUAUUCCUUUCCGAUUAAAGAACAGGGUCGACAUUGGAUUCGUCUGCAUUUCUUCCCUUUUGUAAAUGAAAACUAUAACUUGAGCUCAGCCAAGUUCUCUGUUUCUUCCCAAAACUUCACCCUUCUUAAAGAAUUCCAACCGCAGAGUGAUCCUGUUGUUAAGGAAUACAAUUUGAAUGUUACUUCAGAUGUUCUUAUCCUUACUUUCACCCCCUUUUCAAAUUCCUCAUUUGCAUUCAUCAAUGCUUUGGAAGUUUUCUCCAUUCCUAAUGACCUUCUUCCAAAUGGUGCUCGCGCAAUUAAUCUCCCAACCGGGUUAUACCGACCCUUCUCUGCAAACGCAAUGGAAACAACAGUCAGGCUGAGUAUGGGGAAUGAGAUGGUUUCGAUCGAAAACGAUACUUUAUGGAGAGUUUGGAUUCCUGAUGGACCUUAUUUGAUGAACAAACAUUUUGUUGAAUUCAAAUCGGAUAUUAAAGCAGUGAAUUACUCUAGAGGUUGGCCUUCAAUUUAUAUUGCACCGCCUUCUGUUUAUGGAACAGUAACCAUGCUUAGAAGUGAAAUGGAUCCUAAUAUUCUAGCAAACAUAACAUGGGUUCUUGAUGUUGAUCCCGGCUUUGAUUACCUUAUCCGAUUACAUUUCUGCGAUUUUAUUACAUCCCAGCCGGAAAGAAUCUUCUUGAAGGUUUACGUCAAUUCUUUGAUUGUCGAAGAAAAUCUAGAUUUGAGCGGCGAAACAAAAUCAGUAUUCGGUGCCCCGUAUUAUCUAGACUUUGUUGUGAAAUCAAACGACAGCACUAUAAGAAUCAGCAUCGCCCCUUCUACGAUUUUCACUUCGUACGCAAAUGCCAUCCUAAAUGGACUCGAGAUAAUGAAAAUCAGCAAUCCAGACGGAAGCCUUUCCUCAUUCGACUCUCAACGACCAUUUUCGAAUCCGGGUUUCGAUUCAAAAUCGAAUCUUUCGUCGAUCUUGGGAGCUGUCGGAGGUGUUUGUCUUGCUCUUGUGGUUAUUAUAGCUUCGAUGUUCUUCCUCGUUCGUAAAUUAAGAAGAAGGAGAGUUCACGUUCAUGUUCAUUCCACGUCUGAUGCUGCUGUUAUCUCCGAUUCGAAAACUUGGUAUCAAUUCGCAUUUGCGACGAUUGAGGAGGCGACGGGGAAUUUCAGCGAAGGAAACGUUAUCGGUUUUGGCGGAUUCGGGCGAGUUUACAAAGGAAUUCUCAAAGACGGGACAUUGGUAGCGGUUAAGAGGGGAAUGUCGGGGUCUGAACAAGGAAUGUUGGAAUUCAGAACCGAAAUCGAGAUGCUGUCUCUGUUUCGUCAUCGUCAUUUGGUAUCGCUUAUUGGAUACUGCGACGAUCAUAACGAGAUGAUUAUAAUUUACGAGUAUAUGCUUAACGGAACGCUGAGGAAUCAUCUUUACGAAGGCGAUUAUCCGAGUUUGAAUUGGCGUAAGAGGCUGGAGAUUUGCAUUGGAUCGGCUAAAGGUCUUCAUUACCUCCACACGGGUACGACGAACGCGGUGAUUCAUCGCGACGUUAAGUCGUCGAAUAUCUUAUUAGACGAGAAUUUCAUGGCAAAGGUGUCGGAUUUUGGGAUAUCUAGAAACGGACCUGAAUUGGAUGAGAGUCAUGUGAGUACCGCGGUUAAGGGUAGUUUUGGUUAUCUUGACCCUGAAUAUUUAACGACACGACAGCUGACGGAGAAGUCGGAUGUUUAUUCGUUUGGGGUGGUUAUGCUCGAGGUUUUAUGUGGUCGGCCUGUGGUCGAUCCGUCAAGGGAGAAAGAGAUGGUGAAUUUGGUGGAAUGGGUGAUGAAGAUGGAGAAGAGAGGUGAAUUGGAGAAAGUGAUUGAUGAUCGGCUUCUUAUUAAGGGAGAUGAUGUUAUAAAGGUGGAGUCUUUGAGGAAAUUUGGAGAAAUUGCGGUUAAAUGUUUGUCGGAAUUUGGAAAUGAUCGGCCGACGAUGGGGAAUGUGUUGUGGAACUUGGAAUCGGCUCUUCGAAUGCAAGUUGGAAUCGACGACGAACACGCGAAUGGAAAGACAACGAUUGAAGAAGAAGAAGAAGAUGAGGGCAUUGUAUUCAGCACAACAAGCAUGGGAGAUCUUGAUGGAGUUGGAAUGAGUAGAGUUUUCUCUCAAAUGGUUAAGGCUGAAGUUAGGAGGAUUGAUGAUUUGUAAUUAAUACAGAUUAUUGAAUUGUAUUUAUUUUGUUGUUCAAGAUUGGAUUGGAAGAACAAAUUUGGUUCUAAAACAUGUGUGUUUUUCUAUGUAUAUUAGGCUCUUCAUUUCAUAA